CCCUCAGUCUGUCAGCGCGGCGCUACUUGUCGCGCAAGCCGGGAACGAAUCCUCCUUUGCGCCCGGCUCGGUACGUCUCGCUCAUCGGGCAUCGGGCCGGUUGGGUCGAUCCGGUCGAUCGACCUUCCGAGUUCCGUCCGCGAACAGCGGCGGCGGUGGCAAGUGGCUCGAGAGACGUGUGCGACGAAAGUGGACCGCGGCCGAAUUCAUCCGUGUGUCGGGACCGAUUCCCCUCACAACUCUCGUCUGUCAAUGAACACGAGAACUGACGAUCCACGAGCUGUCACACGAGAUAUAAGAGAGGAAGACAAUACACCAUAACGUUUCCAUUUACGCUGGUAAACGAGAUUAGAAGAGACAGAGAAAUAUAGAAAGAGGAAAGAAGAGAAGAGGUGAAUCGAUAGCACAAGAUUUUGGUGGUAUCCCAUCAACUGGUGGUGCUUUCAUCUCCGGCGUCAAGCCAUAUUUUCUGUUCCUGUUCUCUUUAGAAAAACGGAAUAUUACCGGAAAGGGUGCUGAGAGAAAUCACUCUCUUCCGCGAUGAGAGACACCGGUAACCAGGCCAAGUACGAGCAGCUCUUAGACGACGCUGGUCUCGAAAUUCGCAACGACGACAAGGAACACAAUGAAGAAAAUACGACACUAGACGAGGGUAAAGGACAAAAUUGUGAAAUGUGGUUGACAACCGCUGAAUCGGCUAGUCUAGGGGCAGAGGAAGUAGCAGCUAGAUUACACGUGGAUGUACGAACAGGACUCAGAUGGCAAGAGGCUGAUCAUAGAAGGCAACUAACAGGUUUCAAUGAGUUUACUGUAAAGGAAGAAGAUCCACCAUGGAAAAAAUAUAUCGAACAGUUCAAGAAUCCAUUGAUUCUUCUUCUACUUGCCUCUGCAUUUGUCAGUGUAUGUAUGAAGCAAUUCGACGACGCUGUCAGUAUUACUGUAGCUAUCAUAAUAGUGGUGACAGUUGCAUUUGUACAAGAAUAUCGAUCAGAGAAAUCUUUAGAAGAAUUGAAUAAAUUGGUACCACCAAUAUGCCACUGCUUAAGAGAGAGCCGUGUAGAGACAUUUCUUGCACGUAAUUUAGUUCCUGGUGAUAUAGUAUAUUUAAAUAUUGGAGAUAGAGUACCUGCCGAUAUCAGAAUAUUUGAAGCUAUAGAUCUGGCGAUUGACGAGAGUAGCUUUACUGGAGAGACCGAACCGGCGCAAAAGUCGACAGCUCCUUUGCUUAAGACUAAUGGAUUGACGUCGAAGAGGAAUAUCGCCUUCAUGGGCACUUUAGUACGCUGCGGAAAUGGCAAGGGAAUUGUAGUGAAUACGGGAGAAAAGAGUGAAUUUGGGGAGGUUUUCUCGAUGAUGCAAGCUGAGGAGGCACCAAAGACUCCACUACAGCGAAGCAUGGACAUUUUAGGUACUCAGCUGUCCUUCUAUUCGUUCUGCAUUAUCGGUAUCAUUAUGCUGCUGGGCUGGAUCCAAGGUAAGGCUAUCCUUGAGAUGUUUACCAUUGGUGUAAGCUUGGCAGUAGCGGCUAUACCGGAAGGCUUGCCUAUCGUCGUGACUGUGACACUGGCAUUGGGAGUAAUGAGAAUGGUUAAGAGAAAAGCUAUUAUAAAGAAGUUACCAACCGUUGAGACUCUCGGCUGCGUAAAUGUAAUAUGUUCUGAUAAAACCGGCACAAUUACAAAGAACGAGAUGACCGCUACGAUUCUCGUUACAUCGGAGGGUUACAUCGCGGAUGUUACUGGAGCGGGAUAUAACGGGGUGGGAGAAAUACACAUACGGAAGUGUGAUAAUUCUGAUCUUGCACAUGCUGCUAUCAGUAACAUGCUGGAAAUAGGUUGCGUUUGUAAUAACGCUAUCAUACAAAAUGACGUUCUGUUGGGACAACCAACGGAAGGCGCGCUGAUAGCAGUGGCAAUGAAAUUCGGAAUGUAUGGUGUCGCUGAUAGAUAUUUGCGAUUGCAAGAAUAUCCAUUUUCUUCUGAGCAAAAAAUGAUGGCUGUGAAAUGUACACCCAAGUUUGGCGAGAAUAGACAGGAAAUAUACUUUGUGAAAGGUGCUUUGGAGAAAAUCUUACCACAAUGUACAAAAUAUUAUGAGAACGGUCAAGUGUAUCCCCUUAGUCAAAAGAAAGAUCAGGAAUUCUUAACAGAAGCAUAUGAUAUUGGUCAACAAGGGUUGAGAGUGAUUGGUCUGGCACGUGGUUCUUCGUUACAAGAUUUAAUUUAUGUUGGCUUGGUUGGUAUUUGUGACCCACCAAGACCGUAUGUGCGCGAAUCUAUUAGCAUUUUAAUAAACAGUGGCGUUAAAGUGAAGAUGGUGACUGGUGAUGCUAAGGAAACUGCAGCUGCAAUAGCUAGCAUGAUUGGUUUGGACACACUUCAUAGUCGAUUGCUUUCGGGAGACGAGAUCGAUAUGAUGUCCGAACAUCAAUUGGAACAGUGCAUUAAUAGUGUUAGUGUAUUUUACCGAGUAACACCAAAGCACAAACUUUGUAUUGUAAAGGCCUUACAGAGGAAUGGCAACAUAGUAGGUAUGACCGGUGACGGCGUAAACGAUGGAGUUGCGUUGAAAAAGGCCGAUAUAGGCAUCGCCAUGGGUAAAAAUGGCACUGAUGUAUGCAAAGAAGCGGCCGACAUGAUCUUGGUUGACGACGAUUUUGGAACUAUUAUCGCGGCGAUCGAAGAGGGAAAGGGAAUCUUUCACAACAUUCGCAAUUUUGUCAGGUUUCAAUUGAGUACUAGCAUAGCUGCGCUUUCUCUGAUUGCUCUUGCAACAUUGAUGAGUAUACCGAAUCCUUUGAAUGCUAUGCAAAUAUUAUGGAUCAAUAUCAUUAUGGAUGGUCCACCUGCUCAAAGUCUUGGGGUAGAACCGGUUGACAAAGAUGUUUUGAAGCAAAAGCCACGAAAUACAAAGGAGCCAAUGAUUACGCGUCAUCUCAUAAUUAACGUCUUAUUAUCCGCUAGCAUCAUUAUUCUUGGUACUUUAUGGGUGUACAAUAGAGAGAUGGUUAAUGGGAAUACCGCGAGAGAUACUACCAUGACAUUCACUUGCUUCGUAUUCUUUGACAUGUUCAAUGCUCUUAGCUGUAGAUCACAAACGAAAUCCAUAUUCACAAUCGGUUUGUGGAGUAAUAAAAUGUUCCUGGUAGCCGUAACGCUCUCUGUCAUCGGACAAAUGUUUGUGAUCUACUUCCCUCCAUUGCAGAGAAUAUUUCAAACUGAAGCUCUUACUGCAAAAGAUCUUCUAUUCUUGGCGACGUUGACAUCGAGUGUCUUCGUCAUUAGUGAGAUAAAGAAGUUCAUUGAAAGACAACUGCAGAGACGUCGCGUCAAUGGCCAGUAUUAUAACAAGUUCGAAAUGGACUUUGUAUGA